AUGAAGGUCUCUACUCUCAUCGGCGCCGCCUUGGUUGCCGGCGCCGCCGCCGAGCCUCACAUCUACCUGAUCCGGCACGCCGAGAAGAACCGCGACGGCACCAUCUCCGCGCAGGGCAAGAAGCGCGAGCAGUGCCUGAUUGACGUCUUUGGCCGCGACAGCAAGUUCAACAUUCAAAAGAUUAUUGUCCAGAACCCCUACGCCGGUGACAACCUCAGCCAGCGCCCGUACAACACCACCCUUCCGCUGGCCAAGUCGCUUGGCCUCACUAUUGAGCACCAGUGCGACUACGACGAGACGGACUGCGCGGCCAAGGAGGCGCGCGCGUACGACGGGCCCGGCAACAUCCUGAUCGCGUGGGAGCACGUCAAACUGCGCAAGGUCUCGGAGGCGCUGGGGGCGGACGCGCCAAAGUACCCGGAUAGUAGGUAUGAUUUGAUCUACGACCAGCCCUACCCGUACGACGAGGUGACGACCUACUCGGAGGCCUGUCCUGUAGACAAACGACCGGCCCUGAUCCCCAACUCGCUCUGGAGCAACGUGCCCUUUGUCGCCGUCUGCGUCGCCGUCUUCCUCAUCUGGGGCGGGCUCAACGCCGGCGAGCAGCUCAUCGCGCUGUGCCUGCAGGACGUCCGCGGCGACUCCGCGGCUCACGUCGUCGCCGUCCUUCCUCCGCGCUCCCUUCGUCGGGCGUGCUCGUCAACAUGUUUGUUGGCUUCGGCCUUCCGUACCUGCGCCCUUCCUUGUCCGUGCCGGCUGGCGUGCGCGGCGAGCGAUGUCGCGUCGCUGCUCCCGGCUGUGCCGUGCCGCGUGGCGGGCCCGGGCUAUUGGCGGGCCGUAUGCCCGGUGGUGGCUCUCAAUCCUUUGGGUGCGGACCUGAUCUACACGAUGGCAAUUCUGUUCACCACGGGCUGCGUUCCCGGUCCAGGACACAGGCCAUAG